CACCAUGUACUCCAUCGACAGAUGCCAAGAAGCGAGCCGGCGAGAUGUCCACGGAAACAAGCUCAUGGCCGGCUAUCAUGUAUUGUCUUGUCGACCAUGCCCUCGCCAAAUAAAAUGAAGACCUAUGAUUGCACUCCAUGCUGGUGGGAAAACAUGGCAGCUAGGGUUUCACUUUAUUUUGUGAGGGCACGGUCAACAAGCACCAACCAUGAAUCUCUCGGACUUGUUUCCCUUUGAUAUCUCAUGGACUUUCUUUUUGAACUCUUCGUGGAGGCCAUCUACUCCGCAUGCACGUUUGGCUCUGGUCACAUCUGGUUAUAUGUUGCCGCAGAGCAUGUCAGAGGUAUUGCGCAUCUCAUGUUGCAGGUAGCACAUGUCUGCAUUGGAGAGGCCAUCGUUGUCAUUCAUGGACGCUCGUGGUACCGGAUAGAUCGGUAAGGAGGGGCAUGAUGUCGAAGACCUCCAGCCAGGCCAGCUUGCGCGUGUCGGCGUGGUAGCUCUCGUUGACGUGCGAGAGGACGGAGACGCAAGUCUCGAGGGAGAUCUACCAUGGUGACAUGCGUAAGAAGGCCGGGCUAGAGAUUUGCGCUGCUUCUGCGGCUGCACUGUGGAGACGCACAACGACUCUUAACAUAGGUGACAACAGGUAUGAUGAGGGUGCAACUAGCAAGGAGGCUAGCCUUUGAGCUCGGAGUGCUCCGUUGUUCGGUUGUAUAAAAAUGAAUUUCUAUGUCAUCACGAUGCUCGUAAAACCACCUAGGAUCUUUUGAAAUGAUGAGACCGACAUGGUAGAGGAGGAGCCUUAUGGCUACAUAUCAAGAAGGGGGCAACUUGGGCACACACCUGCUGAGACGAGGGCUCGAACACGGGUUGCCCGCGCCUAGUUCCCCCACGGUUUUGUUGGCAAUUGAUAGAACCAAUCGAUGUAUCGUGUAUUCCAAAUCCUUUUUAGACCCCAUUUUUUUACAAGAUGUCUAAAAUUCCACAUUUAUCUCGUGCAGAAGAAAAGAAUCCAGGUUGAAAGUGAGAAUACUAAAAUGAUUUUAUUCAAAUUUUGAAUUCAAAUUUUGUAUGAAGAAUCACGUUUGAAAUAAUCCCGAGAUUUUGCGGUAAGCAUAUUUUCCGGUUUUCUCCGGUAAAUAAAUGAUACCGAGAAAAAAACCUUGAUCUCACAUGUGAUUUCAUGAUAUUUACAUCUCCUAUAUUCAACCGCUUCCACGACAAAAAAAAAAGUAAGAAGAAAUACGAGAUACGAGAUACUACUAGCUAGCAUCAUUGCAUCAACCAUGACCUAUUUUGACAACGCAUCACUGCGUUUAACCCCGAAACCUUAUCUACUUCCCGCGGUUUUGUAACAAUUCGACGACCAGAUACGAUUACAAAAGGGAAACGUGGUACAAACGACGAGCAGUAACAAUUUGUGUUUCAUGGCUCCGCCGCCAGCGAUCUGGGUGUAUAUCCAUCCAUGAACAACCGACGUCUUCUUUUGGCUAUAUAACCUAGGAAAACGUGCUACCAUGCCAAGCUAUUCCAAUCACUCAACAACCUUCCCCCCACCCCAAAAAAAAAAAAACUAAGUCCUCAACAGAUGGGGAGGCAGCCGGCCGGGAUCGGGAUCGGGAUGGACGACGUGGAGAGGCAUGCACGCCAUGGAGACCCUGAGAUCCGGGACAAGAAGAGCAAGUGCAAGGCAGACUGCUUCAUCUGCUGCAUCGUCGGUAUCAUUGUCGUCGUCUCCACGUGCGUGCUUCUCUGGCUCGUGCUCCACCACCUCGACGCGCAUUACAGCGUCGCGAUAGACGCCGUCUCCGGCCUCGACCCGAUUCCGACGAGGGGCCUCUCCUUCAACCUCACGCUCGGCGUCCGCUCGAGCAGCUACGGGGCUGAGGCGUGCAUCCAGCCCGGGACGUACGUAGAGGUCUCCUACGGCGGCGUCCAGCUCGCCGAGAGCGCGGCCGAGACGAGGCGGCUUUGCGCGAUGCCGAGGAAGUCCGUUGAGCACCGCGUCGUCGCGAGGGUCACCGGCGUGCCCGUGGGCCAAGUGCUCGACAGCAUCGCGGCGGAGAUGAAGCGUGGGCCGGCGGUGUUCGACGUCACAUUGCACCUCCCGGCAGGGUCGUAUGGCGUCAUGCCGCCUUAUGGUGGAGAGAACUGGGCGACGGAGUGCGGUGGCAGGCAGGUUGGCUCCGCCGCCUCGUGGUGCCCCUCCCCCAACCAGAAUCCUAUGUUUGCAUAGACAUCAAUUCAUCUCGAACAUGUAUCUUUUAUCUGAAUCAAAAAUACUCCAGGACUACUAGUAUUAAUCUAGAUCAGUUGACAAACAGCAUAUUGUUGCACACUUGGA